AUGCAACCAACUCCAAUUAACAGGGAGAGUCUUCACAGAGUUCAGGCAAAGUUAACCAAAUUUUUGCACUUGGAGGAGGAAUUGUGGAAGCAAAAAGCUGGGACGCAGUGGUUCCAAUAUAGGGAUAGGAACACUAAAUUCUUUCAUGCUUAUGUAAAAGGAAGAAGAAAGAGGCUUCAAGUGAAGAGGACUCAAGAUCAACAAGGAAACUGGCUGGAGGAAAAAGAGGAGAUAGUAGAGGACGCUUUGAGAUUCUACAGAGAUCAAUUUACUAAAGAGGAAGAUCCUUCUGAUUUUGAAAUUUUAGAUCACCUUCCUAGGAUCAUUGAUGAGGCUAUACAAAUAGAAACAGUGGGCAUACUUACUGAGGAAGAAGUUAAGAAAGUGCUUUUUGGCCUAAAUGGGGAGAGUGCAGGUGGUCCAGAGUUUUACACGUUUGUUCUAUCAGUUUUGUUAAGAAAUAAUCAAGGAAGAUAUUGUGCAGAUGGUGAUUGCUUACUUUUGUGGGGCAGAGUGCUUACAAGGAACUUAAAUGCUUUACACCAUAUUUCACAAUUUAAGGGAUUUGGGAUGCCUAAAUGGAGUCCAAAGAUCAAUCAUUUGGCAAAAGCAGAUGACAUGAUUAUUUUCUCAUUAGUUGAUGUGUUAUCAAUGGAGUUGAUCAUGGCAAUUUUAAGGAAGUAUGAGAAGAUGUCUGGGCAGAAGAUUAACAUGGCAAAGAGUUCUUUGCAUAUGCAUCAGAAUGUGCCUGCUGAUAUAAGUAUUACUGUUGAAAUUGCUACAGGAAUUGAAAGGAAGGAUUUUCCUUUCAUGUAUCUUGGCUUUCUAAUUUUUCAUAGUAGGAGAAGAAAGGGUUUCUUUAAUGUAAUCAUGCUCAAGAUCAUGAACAGAUUACAGGGUUGGAAGGGUAAAUUGCUAUCUUUUGGGGGGAGAGCUAUUUUGAUCAAGCAUGUACUGCAGAGCAUGCCCAUACAUCUGUUGUCAGCAGUCAACCCACCAGACUGUGUGAUUAAUAAAAUGCAUAGGAUCUUUGCUCAAUUUUUUUGGAGUAAUACAAUUGGAGGAAGGAGUAGACAUUGGGUAGCUUGGAACAAGAUGUGUCUACCUAUCAAGGAAGGAGGUUUGGGCUGCAGAUCACUACAUGAUGUGUCCAUGGCUUUAUAUUGUAAGGUUUGGUGGAAUUUUAGAACAAAACCUUCCUUAUGGCAUGCUUUUAUAAGUAAUAAAUACUGCAAGAGGGAGAAUUCAGUGGUUGUACAGUGGAGAUAUGGCACACAAACAUGGAAAAAGAUGUUAGAGGCUAAGGACUUGAUAGAACACCAAAUUUGGUAG